UGAGCUUGAAGCAACACGCAAACAGCCGCGGACAAUUGCACGAUGGAUUGAAUUCAGCUGACCACUCAGAUCUUUGUUCUACUACUCUGAAAGACACAUGAUCAACAUCAUCCAGCUCUCUUCUAUCAAAGCAGUCGACUUCUCGCCCUUUCUCCACCCCGAGCUGGUGUGACAGCGCUCCAGCAAAGCCUGGAGCUAUUGCCGCAGAGGGCUUGCAGCAGCUUGUGCAUACCUUCCUUCUACUUGGCCUUGAUCUGCUCCGCCCUUCCGGCCCGUUCUCUCUGUAUUCGAGCGAACCGUCUAGCUCGAUUCUGCUUCCACAAUGUCCGCUGCCGACGGAGAGACAAUGAGCGAUGCCGCAGAGGACCCUGUGGAAGUACCACAAACUUCAGCUGGAACGAACAGAAGCAUCGAACACGAGAGGGCUGCCGAGCUACCGCCCUCAGAUAGCGCUGCUGAUGUCUCAUCACAGCUGGAGACGGAUCUUUCGGCUGUCAGCACGCAGAUUUCGACCUCACCAUCUGCCUCGGCUUCGGCCUCGACCAGUGCCACUUCUGAUAGGGCGAGCAGACAGGGCAGUGAUACUGACUCUGAUCGAGCCCGAGCCUAUCUGGAAUGGAUACAAGCACUGUCACAAGGUGAUGGCGAUGUCGUGCUCAGCAAGGUCUUAUCGAAACCGGAGGACCUCUGUGACGGGAUUGCGCUCUUUGACAUCCUCUCCAGCAUUGACGUGGAUCACUUCAGGAAUCCGCAUGCCUCGCAUGAGCCAGCCAAAGACAAUCUGCUCAUCAGACUUGGAACAUUGAAAAGGCUUUAUAGACAGAUCAUGCUAUACUACAGUGAAAGAUUGGCUUCUCCCGCGGUUAGGCAACCCGAUCUCGAUGCGAUAGCUAGACAUAGCUCCUUGGUGGAUCUCAAUCUGCUGUGCCGACUGGCUGUUGGUCUUGCCGUGCAAAGCGACAGGAGAUCGGAACACAUUGCCGCGAUUCAAACGCUCAAGCAGCAGCACCAGCACGCCUUGAUGGUGGCGAUCGAAGAAGUCGUCACUGCUUCUGCCCAACCAUCAAGCUCUCAGCAAGAGGAUACAACCGCUUCGGAGGGCGGUAACUUCGACUCGAGAGUGACAGACAUCAACGUGACGCGCUUGAAGGCUGACAAGGAAGCGCUGGAAGCGUCGUAUGUGGAGCUAGCGCGAGCGCACGAGCUGCUCAAGACUUCGGUCCAGGACACUGAGCUGGAAAAAGCCGAAAUAGCCAAAGAUCUGAAGCGAUUGAAAGAUGAGAUUGAAGUCCAACGAAGAGAGGGAACAGAGGCAAUGCUACGAGCAGACGUGGAGCGACUCAAAGCUGAGCUGAGAAGAAGCGAGGACAACCUCGGGGAAGCAGAGUCUGAAGUUGAAAGGCUCACCAGGAGUCAUGUCGAACAAACACGAAAAGUGGACGAUCUCGGCAGACGCGCGGAAGAGGCCACGCGCCUUAAGGAUCAGUUAGAUGAGUACAAGCAUGCAGCAGAUAGAGCGGCACGGAUGGAGAAUGUCGUCGAGAAGUACAAGAAGAAGCUGGAAGAGGGUGCCGAUGUGCGGAGGCAGUUGAAGGUCCUUGAGGACCAGAAUGCCGAACUCGUCGACAAGAAUGCCGCUCUCGAAGACGAGUACAAGCGGGUUGCAGCCUUCAAGCCUUUGAUGGACACUUACAAAUCACAGAUAUCCGAGCUGGAGUCCAAAGCUUCCAAUCUUCAAAGGGACUACAAUGGUCUCAAAUACGAGCACGAGCAAACCACAACCACUCUUCGAACGACCGAAGAAGCACGUACGCGUGAUCGAGAGGAGAUGGAGCUGUAUCAAGAGCGCAUUCAAGAGCUGGAGCUGGGCAGCACCGGCGCAAGCAAAGCCCGCCAAAAGCGUCUCGAGGCUAUGCGCGCUACUGGUGGCGCCGAGGUGGACGGCGCAGAAGGCUUGGCCGCUGCGAACUCGACGUUGGACGAGUCUGAUGACGACGAUGACGUGGGCGGGGAGAUUGACGAUGCACUCUCGGGUACCACGAUGACUGACCUCAAGAUUAGGGUGAGAAAACUGGCCAGGGAACUCGAAGCCGCUAAGGCGAACAAAGCCGACGUGAGCCGCAUCUUGGUGCUGGAGAACUUGCUUGAAGAUUCGCGGACCAUGAAGGAGCGAUACGAGCAGGACUAUCUCAAAGAGCAUCAAGCGAAGCUCAAGCUGCAGAGUCAAUUGGAGACAAUUCAGAGUGGAAAGUCAAGUUUUGGCGACGGAGAGGAAGCGGCUUACGCUCUACGCUUGCGUCUCAACGAGACUGUAGAGGAGCUAGACAGCGUCAAGCGGGAUCAUGCGGCUCUUACGGUCACGCACGAAGAGUUUACGCGCGAGCUCAACAUCGCCAAGUCUGACCUGACUCUCGUCAACAAAGACCAAGUCGACAUUCUUCAUACUCUGCGGGCAUCCGUAGAUGUGGAAAAGGCGGACUUAGAGGGCGUGGUGAGCCGUUUGAGAGAACAGCUCAAGAGCGUGGAAGAACAGAAACGGAUGCAGACGGACCAGAUCAACAAGCUGUUGAUGGAAAAGGUGGACCUGCAAUCCGAAGGCAUAGGUCAGAGAGAAGAAGCUCUAAGAAGAGAGAGGAAUUUGGGAGAAUUGCGCUCAUCUCUCGCUGGCAAAGCGCUUCCAAAAGAAGCCGAAGAGCUCAUCAUAAGCCUGCAGACAAAAGCGGCAGAAGCAGAGUCUAAUGUCAAAGCGGGCAAGGAAAAGCUCAGCGCAGCACGAAAGCUCAUCAAGGAGCAAGACAAGCUCAUCAAGGCGGGCACGACAGACGAACAGCUCGCUGCAGCCACAGCCUCGCACAAAUCCCAGAUCGCCACCUUGCGAAGAGAAUUACGCUUGAUGGCAUCUGCGUUUCACGAUCAGGGCGCGCAGCUCGCUGCGCACAUUCGAGCUCGUAGCAGACCGACAGGAGGUACAGUCGGAAUGGCCGGCGGCAACUCAGCCUCGGUCAGCGCGCCUGCUUCUUGGCUAGUCCAGCAACGCAGAGCUUUGACCCCGGGCAUCCUCCUCGCGAAGCGAUGACUCUCGCGGCUAUUCCAUCCGCCCCAACCGCUACCGCUACCGCUCCCGGAGAUCAAGCAAGCAUUGCCUCCGGCUCUCCCAACAUUCGCCUGCAGUCAUCCCACUUCGUCUGCCGCGUUUCCGGUACUCGUUUCCCAUCAUGAUCGUUUGGCCACACAACUUAUACCUUUGGCUUCGCAUAACAGAUAUUUCCUUCACCGCGAGAACUUUACGUCAGAGACCGUCUGACACCAACGUGAGCUACGC